CGGGGCGGCGCGCGCCGCUGCUGCAUUUGCUGCAGGAGGCGCGAGCGCGAGCGCGAGCUGGAGAUGGCGUCCGCUACCGACUCCCGCUAUGGGCAGAAGGAGUCCUCGGACCAGAACUUUGACUACAUGUUCAAGAUCCUGAUCAUCGGCAACAGCAGCGUGGGCAAAACCUCCUUUCUUUUCCGGUACGCCGACGACUCCUUCACGCCGGCCUUCGUCAGCACCGUCGGCAUCGACUUCAAGGUCAAAACCAUCUACCGCAACGACAAGCGCAUCAAGCUGCAGAUCUGGGACACCGCCGGGCAGGAGCGGUACCGCACCAUCACCACCGCCUACUACCGCGGCGCCAUGGGCUUCAUCCUCAUGUACGACAUCACCAACGAGGAGUCCUUCAACGCCGUGCAGGACUGGUCCACCCAGAUCAAGACCUACUCGUGGGACAACGCGCAGGUCCUGCUGGUGGGCAACAAGUGUGACAUGGAGGACGAGCGCGUGGUGUCCUCGGAGAAGGGACGCCAGCUCGCCGAGCACCUGGGCUUCGAGUUCUUCGAGGCCAGCGCGAAGGACAACAUCAACGUGAAGCAGACCUUCGAGCGGCUCGUGGACAUCAUCUGCGAGAAGAUGUCGGAGUCGCUGGACGCGGCCGACCCGGCGGUCACCGGCGCCAAGCAGGGCCCCCAGCUCACGGACCAGCAGGCGCCGCCGCACCAGGACUGCGCCUGCUAGGGCCG